GAUUUUUCAAAAAUUAGGGUAGAAAACAUUACCAUGUGAUUUUGCCUUUCCUAAACCACCUUCCUUUAGCACACCUAAAUUUUUUUACUGCUACUUUCGAAACUUUUUCACUAAAGCAGAAUUAUUGUCGUUUAUUGAGUAAACAACUAUUCUUCUUGAGUUGAAAUUCGUUUUCCAAAUUAAAUAUAUCAAAAUGAGCGAAGACUCAUCGAAGGGCACGUCUGCUGGUUUUGCAGAAAAAUUCGUCGGUACAGCGAAUAUAGAUUCAUCGUUAGACAAUCUAUUUAAGCAAUCUAAACCGCUCUCGCGUCCUGCUCCCAAAGAACCCUCCAAGGUUUCGUUACCAAGCACAAAUGAAUCUGUAGAUGAGAAUGCUGAACAAGAAACCGAGAUUGAAGUUGAAAAGAACAAUGUAAAAGAGAAGAAGAGCCAAUCCAGAAAGAAGAAAAAAUCUGGUUUGGAAAGUGAAAAUCUUGAAGCCGAUUAUUUUGAUAAACUAAAAGAAGAGGAAGCGAUCGAAAAGGAUGCAGAUAGUGCCGACGAAAAGGAACAAUCUGAUGAAGAUAAAGAACAAGGUUCCGAGAAACAGAAAAAACAAUCAGAACAGGAAAGGUUGGAACAAAGGGCUUUGAAACAUCAACAAGAGGUGAAGAUUCAGCAAGAGCUCCAAAAGUCCGAAAAAACUAUUUUUGUAAAUAACUUGCCCUCUAAAAUUGUGUUAGACAAGCACGAAUACAAGUCUUUCGCUAAGCACUUCCGUCAAUUCGGUCAGAUCAAAUCGAUCAGGUUCCGCAGUUUGGCCUUUUCUGAAUUUUUACCUAGAAAGGUUGCUUUUCUUGAGAAGAAACUCCAUGCUGAGCGCGAUACAGUUAAUGCUUAUGUAGUUUAUGAUGAAGCUUCAUCGGCAAGAAAUGCAUUAUCAUUAAAUGCAACCCUUUUUAUGGAUCGCCAUCUUCGUGUUGACAGUGUAAGCCAUCCUAUGGCUAGAGAUGUAAAACGCUGCAUUUUUGUUGGUAAUUUGGCUUUUGAGGCAGAGGAAGAGCCAUUAUGGCGCUAUUUCGGACAGAGCGGCGAAAUUGAGUAUGUACGUAUUAUUCGUGAUCCCAAGACAAAUUUAGGAAAAGGAUUUGCUUAUAUUCAAUUUAAGGAACCUCUUUCAGUUGAUAAAGCUCUGUUGUUGAACGAAAAACAAAUGCCUGAAGGAAGAACUUUACGUAUUUCAAGAGCCAAAUCUAUUAAGCCUAGUGCUCCUACUCGGGUUGCAAAAACCAAAACCAAUAACCAGAAGGGUCGUACUUUGCAGGGUAGAGCUCGGAAGUUAAUAGGGAAGGCAGGAAACGCUUUAGUUGAAGAGAAUCUGUCUUUAGAAGGCCAUCACGCCAAACCUGGCGAAAAUCCUCUAGCAAAGAAGAAGAAACCCAGCAAGAAGCGUAAGGAGCGUGCCGAUGCUUGGAAGCGAAAUAAUACCAAGAAGGCUAAGGUUUAAAAGGAAAACGAUAGUGAAAUUCGAUCUUCACUAAAAAUUAUUCAGACGGGGUUAAUAAAGGUUUUUGUGAUUUAGGUACUUUAUAUGCAAUUCGAAAUAAAUAUAUAUAUAUAUAUAUGUUUAGAUAGUAAUAUUUAAAAUCUUAUUUAGAUUCUUUUUAACGAUUUUAAAGUGAGCAUGCUUUGUGUGGAGUACAUUUGUU